AUGCGAUCACUAGCGACCCUUGCCACUUUGGGUUUCGGCUUGAUCUUACCUCUUCUCGUUCCUUCUGCCAGCGCCAAAUGUUGUCAACCCGACGCCGGAGGUGACUGCGGUGAUAACUCUGGAGGUACGCCGUGCUGUGGCUACAAGAAGUGCAACGGAUUCUGUUGCGCUUGUCAGGGAGUCAAUAUCAUCCGCGAAGAAAUCGAUACAAUAUGGAGCGGAACUCACUACCUGUGGACGUCUGUCAUAACUGCUCCCUGGAGCCCUGAGAGUGGCUGGACAACCUGGACCUGUCGUGCGAGUCAUGUCACCUCAUGGGAUCUUCCACCGCACACUACGACCCAAUCAGAUGCAAAACGCGGUCUUCCCUUCAACUCUCGUCCCACAGUCACUACCCAUCCCUCCGAACUACAUCACAAAAGCCGCUCUGCCCAUAGCCAUGGUCCUUCAGAGACAAUGAGCUCGCCCACUCUCUCAAACCAACAUCCCCGCACCUUCACCACGCAUCCGGCACAUCUCAACAAUGCUCGCCAGCUUGCAGAGCUUGCCGAGCUCGCAGACGCCAAGUCGUUCUUCAAGCUCGUAAGCAACAGCGUGGCCGCGGGCGGCGAAGACGUCAUCACACUGGCGGGAUAUCUCGACUACUUCAAUAUCACCGGGUCAACGUGCGAGACUGCGUAUGGCCGGAGCGUGGUCGAGAAGUUCCACUGGCAGGACCGAAAUGGAGACGGGAUGUUGACGUUUGCGGAGAGUCAGCUGCGAUGCGAUGCUGAGGGAUGCGUAUGA